AUGCCGGGAAAGAUCAUUGACAGUUACGAUCACGUUCCUGUGACCAAGGAAGCUUUGGACUGGGCGGAGCUUGUUACCCUCGAUCUGAGCAAGUAUGAGCAGCCCGGCGGCAAGGAAGAGCUUGUAAAACAGCUAGAGCAUGCUGUGCAACAUGUUGGAUUUUUCUAUGUGAAGAACUUCAACAUCAGCCAGGAAGAAGUUGAUCAGCAAUUUGCUCUCGGCCGCGAAUUUUAUGCUUUGCCCCUCGAGGAGAAGCUCAAGUAUCAUAACGCGGAUGACCUUGCCAGGGGGGAGUACAAUGGAUAUCGACCUGCCGGUCAUCGCAUCCUCGGGAAUGGAGUCAAGGAUAAUGUGCAAGUUUACAAUAUCCCCAAAUUUGAUGGCUAUCAUGAGAGGCAGCAACCACCAGUGCUGUUAGAGAAUAUCGCCGAGAUUGAGGCUUUCAGUCGCAAAUGCCACACUGAAGUAGUAGAAAAGCUCCUCCGUCUCUUCGCCAUCCUCCUCGAACUACCAGACGAGGACCAACUGGUCCGCGACCACCAAUACAACAUCAAGGGCGAAGACCAUCUACGCUACAUGCACUACGCAGCCCGCAGCCCGGAAGAAAACGAAAAAGUCGGCGGCCUCUAUACCCCCGGCCACACCGAUCUAGGCUCGAUAACCCUACUAUUCCGUCAGCCUGUGGCUGCCCUUCAGAUCCUCAACUCAGAUGGGGAUUGGAAGUGGGUGCGCCCGCAGGACGGGACUAUUACGAUUAACACCUGUGAUGCAUUGACAGCUCUUACUGGUGGCUUGAUCAAGUCUAGUGUUCACCGUGUACACACUCCCCCUGCAGACCAGGCACAUGUCGAUCGGCUGGGUGUUCUAUACUUUGCCCGUCCUAAUAACCAUGUUGUUCUGGACCCGAUUCAGAACAGUCCCUUGCUGAAUCGGCUUGGUCUCACGCAGAAUGCUUUCACUGAGAUUGGGCAACAUCUGACUAUGGAGCAGUGGGUCAAGGUGCGACAGACUCAGCAACAACGCCGCCACAAGGAUGUUAAGGUGUCGAAGGAUGGGAAAUACACUUACGGGGAGAAGGAUUUGGAGAUUAUUCCUGGUCUGGAAGCUAAAAUUUACAAUUAA